CCCUCCCCAGGCCAAUUCUCCGUUUUGCUUCCGGUCGCUCACUUCCGGUCCUUUCCAUUUUUCCGUCCGAUAGAGAAACUGGUGGUGCUUUCAACUAAAGUCCGGUUCCUAUUAGCCGCGCGUCGGGAGGUGAAUCUACGUGGGUUGGGGCCGCUGGGCCCAAGGGCGGCGCUCUCUCUCGCAUCAUGGCCCGAAACGCGGAAAAGGCCAUGACGGCCUUGGCAAGAUUUCGCCAAGCUCAGCUGGAAGAGGGAAAAGUAAAGGAGCGAAGACCCUUCCUCGCCUCAGAGUGUACUGAGCUGCCCAAAGCUGAGAAGUGGAGACGACAGAUCAUUGGAGAGAUCUCUAAAAAAGUGGCUCAAAUUCAGAAUGCUGGUUUAGGUGAAUUCCGAAUUCGUGACCUGAAUGAUGAAAUUAACAAGCUGCUAAGAGAGAAAGGACACUGGGAGGUCCGGAUCAAGGAGCUGGGUGGUCCUGAUUAUGGAAAAGUUGGCCCUAAAAUGCUGGAUCAUGAAGGGAAAGAAGUCCCAGGAAAUCGAGGUUACAAGUACUUUGGAGCAGCGAAAGAUUUGCCUGGUGUCAGAGAACUGUUUGAGAAGGAACCUCUUCCUCCUCCAAGAAAGACACGUGCUGAGCUCAUGAAGGCCAUUGAUUUUGAAUAUUACGGUUACCUAGAUGAAGACGAUGGUGUUAUUGUGCCUUUGGAACAAGAAUAUGAAAAGAAACUCAGAGCCGAACUAGUGGAAAAGUGGAAAGCAGAGAGAGAGGCCCGGCUGGCAAGAGGAGAAAAGGAGGAGGAGGAAGAGGAAGAGGAGGUCAACAUCUAUGCUGUUCCAGAGGAGGAGUCCGAUGAGGAAGGCAGCCAGGAGAAAGGAGGGGAGGACGGGCAGCAGAAGUUCAUCGCCCACGUCCCGGUGCCAUCACAGCAGGAGAUCGAGGAGGCGCUUGUGCGGAGGAAGAAGAUGGAACUCCUCCAGAAGUACGCCAGCGAGACCCUACAGGCCCAGAGCGAAGAGGCCAAAAGACUGCUGGGGUACUAGGCCCGAGCUUGGCUGUCCAAAGGGCUGUGAUGUGCUGGGGGUCUUGGUUCCUCCAGCCUAUGUUAACCUUUGGCAGGUGGCACCGGAGGCUUCCUUUUGCAUCUCGCCUCCUUUGUCCCUUUCCGAUAACUGCCCCAUGCCCCUGGUGGGCUUUCUGUGGGCUGAAGGCAUCCACAUUGCCUCCUUCCAGUGUUUUGCAAGUGUGCGAACCCACUUAUUUCUAUCUUGGGUGUGUAAGACAGCCUACUCCCUGGCGGCCUGUGAGUGUCUCAGUAGCCACCUACUGCUAUUUGUUGGGGGAAUGAUCAUUUAGUGUCCACUACUGAAAAAUGCAGCUUUUCCUAAAAAGGCAUAUUUGUGAUUCCUGUUGAAGAAUGAGCAGCUGUGUGAGCCCUGAACCCACAUCCCAUAUGUCACAGCUGGCAGGUUGCCUCUGGGCUCCCUCUGCUGGCCUUGCUUCCUGCCCAGGUGGUGGGAACUUGAGUUUGCUACUUCUGUUUAGGACUGGUCCUGCAGAGAGCUUUUUUAUUAAAGGUUUUUGUAUUAAAGGGAAA